AGCCUCCCAUUUCUCUUACGUUUCGGACACGAACGCCCUCGGAAUCCUCGACCGGACGCACAGAACACUCGUAUCCGCGAAACGAUGAGUGAGCUGUCGUACAAACAGCUCCACCAAGUUUCGUGUGGCAGCGUCGAUCCUCCUGCCCGUGUAUCCCUGGUGGAUUGUAGUGCAUACGGUUACAUUUCGUGUGCAAUAUCUGAAAGCGUCCUGUUGUACAGUGUCAAUCGAUAUCUGGAAGCAUCAAAAGCUUCCCCUCUACGCAGAGACAAAGCCAUUCCGGAUCUUCAACCAGACGUUCGCAUCAAGACCACAUGCCCUGUUUCAUGGAUAGCCUUCAACUGUGAUGGUCUUGUCUUGGCAGUUAUUACCUCAAAUGCUUCACAGGGGACGUUCGUUAACCUAGUUGACUUGCAUGACGCACUUAAGUCUUCCUCCAGCGAUCUAGUCUCUAUUUCUCGGCCCCUUCGUGUUUGUGGAGGUGAGCCACUUUCGCCAGAUGGGCAACUGAACUGGGAACUGCGUGACUUUGGUUGGAGUCCCGCUGCUCAGACGGCAUUCGCGGUGAUUCUGCGUUGCGGCGCAGUUCGUUUGUUUCACGCGUCGCCACAUCCAUCUAGCGAAGCCCCCCAAACCUUGGUUAAUCAAUUACCAUCAAAUGUGGAUGCGCUCUGCCUCUCUUGGAGUGGCAAAGGAAAGCAGCUUGCUCUCUGCCUAGGCGGCACUUUGUCCACUCAAUCUGGAACGCUUCGGGGACCUUUGAUUCUUCAAGUUGAUCCAGAGCUACGGAUGAAACGUGUUAUUCAGCUCAACCCUACUUUAACAAGACAUUUCUCGAGUUGCACUUACGUCGUCCCGUUGGAUCUGCUCUGGGUCUCACCUGCUUGUUUUAUUUUGGGCGUGCAAAGCAUUUCAGCUGCAGGGAUUUUGGAAUUGAACGCCUUGUUGGUUCACGCUCCUUCGAAGUCAACGGAGAUCGCCUGUGUUGAGAUCCCUGAUUUACGUGGCUCACCGGCUUCGACCCAUCAUUGGCAAUACUACUUUCAUGCGAUCGGUAAUAAUCACUUUCUGGCAUCUCACUCGGCCGAUGGUGAAGAAGUUAUGCUUUUCGCUAUGCCUUCUAUAUCUGCCAACGCUCUGCUGUCACCACCUUCUAACAUUUUGACCAUAGAACUUCCUCCAGAUGGAUCUCCCCUUGGCUCUUGCCUCGGAUACUUCAGAGAGAGCCAAACUGCACAAAGCUUGUCCUACUUCUUGGUUUCACGGCUAACCAACGGCUGUUUUAGUCCGUAUCUACUGCUCAACUUGGACACAAUCGCACCACCUCCUUCAUUGUUGCCGACUCCUCUUGAGAUUCCGUUGCCAUUGGCUUCACAGUCGCCUGAUCAGCAUUCCACUGCCGUUACCACACAGUAUGUACCUACAGAAUCUGCUGACUUUGUGGCGUCUACCCAGGUACCAUGGACCCCGAAAUCUUCUGAAUCCCAAAUCAAGACUCAAGUGCCAUAUCUGUUUCCUCUGAGUAAAGCGGUGGAUUCCUUCAAACACACUCCAAUGCCUACAUCUUCCUGCCCCAUAACAUCGUCUAACGAGCAUUCUGACCCCGCGUUCCCAACCUCGGUUCAAAUCGCUUCAGCUCAAUUUAUGGAAGCACUGCACUCCGAGGCGGAAGCAGGACGUAGCGCUUGGCUCGAUAUGUUCGAUCUCAUGAAGAACGGACCACAGGUCUCUGGUGAAAAAUCGCAUGUACCGAUGGGGAUUGAUGCAAUCGAGACGAAACUACUUGAUACGGAAUCCUUCUUAAAUGCUUUGGACAAGGUGAUCCUGCAGCUUAAAGAAGGCUGUACUGAGCGCAAACGGGAUUUCAUCAAUUGUGUGGAAUACACUGACAAACUCAGGCGAUCACUCUUCAUGUGUCCUAGUGGAGAUUUCGCUCCAAUACUCGUGACUCAGUUAGAUCCCCAAGCUGCUCGUUGGCUUAAUCGGGUGAAACGCAAAGAGCGGAUGAUCGAAUCAAGCCUACUUGACAUGGAUGCCCAGCUGGAUGCGCUUUCGGCCCAAUUCGAAAACCGUGUAGAACCUGGCAUUGCAGUAAACCGCAUGAGCACAAAACAUCCCGGUGUGGCGGAAGACAAGCUUAACCACACAAACAGGAUUCUUCACACUCUGGAUACCAUAACUGAUCUGAUUCGCCUGGAGAAGGGUCGUGUGGAAUAUAUAAAAGAAAAUUUCAAGCGUUUGAACUCGCUACCCACAGUCGAUAAGAGAGUAAAAGUCUCCUCCCUUAUUUCUACUCCACGGACCAUGAGGUCUAUUCGUGAUGUCGAGGAUGGCGAGCAAAUAAAUCCUGUGUAUCAGCGCUUGUCGGACCGAGAUCGGUUUCUCUACAAAUUGUUUGCCAACCACAGGGUGCCUACAAUUUACACACCAAAAGUGUGCCCCACCUUACGCGGCACUGCUGAGGAGUCGGAUGCUCUUGAUAUCGGACUUGAGGAAUCCCUUGAUCCACACCCAGCUGCAUUUCAGCGCGGACAAUCUACGAACAUACUGCAAUUGAAACUGGAAAAGCUUCUUGAAAUUUCUGGAUCAGUGGCAUCCGCUGAUAGUCCAGUCAAAGAAUCCUCUGUUCUACCAGAUUCAAAAGUCCACGAAACCUCUUCCGCGAGCAAUUCACCGUCAGCAUCUGCGAUAACUCCAUUCAGUCGAAUUCUCCUCGGUCCCAAGCCAAAUGUAUCGGUUGGCUCUACCGAUCAGACACCCUCGUCCCCCUUAGCUUCCUUCAUUCUGGGCCAGAAAACCGCGUUUUUCCCACCACCUGGUUCGCCAACAGUCUCAUCUGAAGCUGCCAAACUCCAAGACCCAAUCACAGUAUCAUCUAACGGGUUCACAGUGCCCAGAAAGGCAGACAUCUCUAUAUCAAUUCUGUCUUCCGCGCCAUCUGUCGAGCCAACCAUCACCAUCCAGGAAACUCUUUCGUCCAAGGCAUCAGUAUCCAGUUUUGGAUCAAUAUCGCUUGCUGUACCAACAACCGCCGAUUCUGUCGGCAUUACAUUGCCAUCCACUACGUCAGUUUUAGGUGCAACAACUUCAACCUCUCCGAUGAUCCUCUCCAACGCUUCCACAACCACCUCCGGUGCUUCACACGUUUCCAUUUCCACCACCCCGGCGGCCUCGUUGAGCACGACUGUUGGAUUCAUCGCCGUUGCCUCCCCAAUCGUUUCCACGUGUGCCACACAGGCGUCCACUACCCAAUCAUCUGCUGGUCUCUUUGGUACGCCUUCUUCGGGCUUCACUUUUGGAGGUAAUCUUUUUGGCCCACCGGUAACCAGCAUCUUUUCUGUGAAAGCUACCACUAGUGGUACUGCCACCGGUGGCCUGUUCAGUUUCGCUCAGAACACACAACCUUCUAGCUGGCUGUUUGGGCAGAGCUCGUCUCCUAGUGUUUCCACCACGUUCACGGUUCCCAAGGUGACAUCAACGUUAACACUUGGAACAACUUCUACUUCAGCCCCGCUUCCUUCUUUUUCCGGCCUAUUUUCAUCUGUGGCUGCACCUUCUAUCUUCGCUCCUUCCGCGUCUGUUGCACCGACCACUUCGUUUUUCGGACCGAACAUUUCGAUAAGUUCACCGAAGACAUCAGCUACUGUAUCUUCGAGCUCCACAACCGCUACUAAUCUGCUCUUUGGUGCCUCCAAAACCACAGCUAAUUCACUGACUCCUUUUGCUUCUCCACUCUCUUCUUCUGUUACCACAACAACCGCAGAGGUCACGUCGCCUGGCAAACGCCUUUUCGAUUUCGGUUCCCUGGCACAGACUGCACCAUCCUCUUCGACUGUCGUGUUUGGCGGCUUGUUCGGGGUCCCAGUCACAGCUGCGGCAAACGCAACAGCUCCUCUGACUUUCGGAUCCGCUGCUACUACAUCCUCGUCCUCAUCGGGUUUCACUUUCGGAUUACCCACCACAUCUUCGAAUACCGCUGCUGUUUGUACUGGAUUCCCUGUUACUUCCACGACGACUGUUUCUACAGCCGUGCAGUUACCGUCCGCAACUCAAGCCUUUACCGGAUUGUUUACUCAACCGGCUCACGGCGUUAGUUUUCAAGGCAAUCUGUUUGGCUUUGCAUCCAAUAAAACGACGUUCGGCGUUUCCGUCCCUACAACGGCUGCCAACACGACGUUGCUGACUACAACCACAGCUGCUAGCACUGCUGGCGGCCUUUUUCAGUCCCCAACAACAUAUACGAGUCCGUUUGGACACAAUACUUCUCUUUUCGGCCAGAAGAGUCCAGGUAUACUCUUAUUACCCACUUGGUCUUGAUCUUUAUUCGAUGGAUACGUCACGUUACGUUUAAAUGCCCUCUAGCUUUGCAGGUCGCUAACAAGUGGAAUGCGAUUUUGUGAGCGAACAUUAUUAAAGUGCGUACUUGCUUGAACCUACCGUACAUGACGAUCACUUUCCCCUGGAUUCGUCAUACAUGCGGACCCUCCUCUUACCAAUGCACGUAUCUCUCGCUCGUGUCACCGGAGCCAGUACUGCACUCGUUUCUGUCUAUUUAUGUGGGCUUUUUUCUACCUAGUGUCGUUACCAAAUUAUUUUCGUUUUUUCAUGGGUGUCCACUGAAUGCCACCAAGUAAAAAUGUUUGUCGUCAUUGUUUAUUCGGAACUCGUUUGUUUUCCAUUAUGGUUCCCAGACUUGCUUCCCCUCCUUCGCACACGCGAUUACGUUGUAGAAUUGUGUACGCCGAUCUGCUCUGAGCUCACGUACUUCCGGUUCUUAUUUACUUGGGUCAAACUGAUUAAUCGCAUGUCUACGUGUGUAGGCGUGCUUAUGCAUUGCUUUGGUAUACCACUUACCAACGUGUUUGUGCUAAUGGUUUCCUCCAUGAUUGCCUGUAUUUUCCAACCUGAAUCCACACCUUUUCAGCUCUGUGUCUCAGUGGACUGGUCCGUAAUAGAUAGCUUCUUUCGAUAUGAUUUCCAUCCUUCUUUUUAAGAUGUCUGAUUAUCCUCCGUCGAUAAAACAUAGAGCCUCUAGCACAGGGUCAAAGCUCGCUUUCGCUCCAUCACCCUUGAGCCAUUGUGUACCUAGUUAACGAUGUACGCAAUGGCAUUAAUGCUGCCUUGCGACUUUUGCUCAUCGGUACGGUUUCUCGAUUUACCUUAUCCAAAGUUCAGUCUGGUAAACUCACUUUGUAUAUUUCCCAAUUGUUGGGAGCUGUGCCGUUGAAGAGUCAGAUCAAUCUGUUCCAUAAUUUUCUUGUCGUACAUGCAUAACGCAAGAAAAAAGUGGUUGGGUGUUCCACAAUGUCCUGCAGGCAUAAAUACAUACACUUUUAUUCUUGACGAUGCGAGACAUGCCUGUAUCGGCAUGAUCGGGUAAGUGCAUGAUUUGCUAGAACGCUGAUCAUAGGUGGAUCAGAGAAAUUGAAUAUCAUACCACAUACUGACGUUUGGAUAGACUGCAUAGACAAUAAAUUGUUGACUUAAUCAAAACGAUGUUGGCUGGCCUUUAACCGUUCUCCUUCACAUGAGAGAGUAUGAUGGUCAUAUGGAAUCUGUACUUUACUCUUUCGUUUGACUUGUGGUUACACCACAGUCAAAAGGUUCGAUCACUUUCUGUACAAUCAGGAACUUGUUGAUGCUUUUGCGAAAUUGGUGUUCAAAGGUGCAGGCACGUAAUCUAGAUGGUAGCUUGUUCCAGACUCUGGCGUAUCAGUUUAGGGAAAUGUUCGCAGACCUACUUUUCCUGGACUUACGUUCCGCCACUGAGUUUUGUUUGUUUCGUUUGCUGUAAACUUCUGAUUACAGUAAUGUCAUACUGCAGUUGAAAACUUGUAUAUUUCUGUGCAACUGUUCGUGCUGUACUGUUGUACGGAUGCGACACCUGGCCCAUUCGUAAAGAUGACUUGCGUAGGCUAUCCCUCUUCGAGCACCGCUGUCUUCGGUCCAUUGCCCGUGUGUGGUGGCAGCACCACGUAAGCAAUUUGGGAGUUAGACAGCGUAUCUUGGGACGUGGAAGCCACUCGCUCGAGGAGCUCAUCUCACUGCACCAACUGCGGUGGUUAUGACACGUAUUGCGCAUGCCUGUCCAGCGUUACCCCCGUCGUGCGUUGUUUGCACUUGCUGGACAGGGCUGGAAGAGACGGUCUGGUGGACAGCCUACAACAUGGAGAAGCCGCAUGAAAAAGUUGACGAAACAAUUGGCCUCGGUCGGUUGUUGUCGACUACCUGGUUGGGGUCCGAGAGAUGAGGAUACUUGCUGGUUGAAGACCUCGGAAGUUAUGGCUCAAGAUCGAUGUCAAUGGCGGACGUGUGCAUCGGUUUGUUGCGGUGUCUUUUCUUCCUCCCCC